AUGUACCCAUCUACCUUGGCUCCGGAGAAGGUUCAGGGCUGUUUGGAGUACCGACUAAGUGUCAUGACGCCCCGUAUGAUACCCAGUUCGGGUGUGAGGAAUCCCUACCUGGAUGCUUGGCUACCGGCAUCAAUGCACAGCCCUAUGCUCUUUAGUGCCUUGUUAUUCUCAUCUCUUACACACAAACGUAUGCGCUCGCUUGUGAGAAGAGAACAAGGAUUAUAUGGUAGUGCCGUGGAUGACUCGUUUCUUCACUUCUGUCAGCAAGAGGCUAGACUACGGGUCAAUGCGGCUUUGAGGCAACAUGACAGCGCAGUAGCUGACGCAACAAUUCUUUCCGUGGCCAUGAUGAUCGAAACGGCAGAUGUACCCGAAGGUCGAGAUUGGACUGCCGAGUCCCCGUUGACGCCUCCACUGCAGGGCCUGCAGUGGUUAAACAUCCAUGGCGCCCGCCUUCCCAACAUGGAGCACCAAGCCGGUUUAUGCAAGCUAGUAAAAUUGAAAGGGGGGCUGCAGAACAUCAAGAUCCCUGGUGCUGCGUCAGCAAUCUUCUAUCGAGCCCUGGUCAAUUCUACCUUGACUCUCUCACAACCACAGCUCCCUUUCUUCUCAGUUUACGGUCAUGGAAUCUUCGACCUUGCCUUCAACUUUAACUGUGAUCCGUUGCAGUUUGAAAACGGGACUCUGGAGUUUGCCCAAAUGGGGCUUCCUCCAGAACUAGCUUACGCGUUUCACGGCAUGAAGAUGUAUUCGUUCGUUAUUCAGGAGUACAUUGAAGGUGGGAUAGGGGUGUCGGAUUCACGUAUGAUGUGCGACCUGCGAAACCUCGUCCAUUUUCAUGUUCUAACACUGCCUCCUGCCAAUGAGUCGGACACCAAUCAUCGCGGUCCUCUUUAUGAGGCUUGCAGAAUCAGCGCCCUUAUAUACAGCACUGGCGUUCUCUUCCCCAUGCCCGCCGUUGGCUCCCCACAUGGUCGUCUUGCAACUCUCCUGCAGCAGGAGCUAGCUGAUACAGACCUCCUUGAUGCGCCACCAACCGGCGAUAAUCAAAACCUUUUUGUUUGGAUUCUGGCCAUGGGCAGUAUAGCAGCCUCAAACGGCCCCGAACGACGAUGGUUCGUCCAGAAGCUUGUGGAGCUCAGCUGUCACAUGUCGAUGUCUCACUGGAACCGUCUUAAGACAAUCCUCAAGUCUAUCCUCUGGCUCGACUGUGCCUGUGACAGAGCCGCCAUCGAUACUCGAGCAGGCCACAACCAUGUCUCCACUGCAGUCGACGGAGAGUCAAAUGCGACAAACGAGCCCCAUGUCAGAACUGUGUCAAGCACGGUUUGGCCUGCACUUAUGAUGCCCCCAGCGGCGGGAUACCGGCCCGAAGUCAACUACUGGUAG